AUGUCUGACAACAAUGGAUGUAGCAACGGACAAGCCAAGCUGAAGACAAACCCAAAUAAUGGAAACAACAACGGAAAAUCCCAGAGCAAAAAGCAGGCUCGUCUCUGCCCGGGACGAGAUACCUACGAGCGUAUGAACUUCUUGUACCAGGCCUCGAUGCUAAUGGCAGAGUCGAUACCGGCUCUUUCAGGCAGCUACGGAAAGUUGAUGAAAUCUAUUGGGAAAAAGGCGGUACUGCGAAUAGAGCCAGCCAUCAAACGCACGCUGUGUACGCGCUGUGGAGUAGCCUUAUAUCCUGCCAAAACCGCGGACUUUCAUGAUUAUCAAUACAAAAAGCUAAGUUACCUAGAUAUCAGUUGCAAGCUAUGCGGCUUCGAAAAAAGGUAUUACAAAAAGAAAAACCACAAAAUUCGAGCGGAUGAUCCAGAAUGCGUAGUGGAAACUAUAACUUUCGAGUAA